AUGCCCGUCGCGCCUGCUCUACCCACAAAGUUUCCUUGCUGGUGCAAGGCCGUCUACUCAUGGGGCGGAGAGACCAAACGCGACCUCGGCUUCAUCGAAGGCGACCUGAUCGAAUGCCUGAACGCUGGCGACGGCGCGUGGUGGAUGGGCCGGCUGAAGAGGGAUAGACGUGCCGUCGGCCUGUUCCCCUCCAACUUCGUCCAGCUCCUCGACGAGAGUCAGUGGCCCGGCGCCAAUCGCAAUGUCUCGCCCAUGGUCACCAACGGCGGUGGCUCCAUCUCAAAGGAGCCUGCGAAGCCCGUCCCCCAAAAGACCAAAAGCACCUUCCGGAAGCCCUUUCAAGCAUACUACAAUGCUGGCGCUCCGAAUCCCGCCGCCGCUGCGAGGGAGCGCUUAAAGUCUGGCAGCACGGGAACUGUAAACACCACCGGCACCACCAAGCACAAACCCUACUCGUCGAUGAAGCAUGCGCAAGCGCCGACUGGCAGCGGUAGCGGCAACAAUUCGCCCUUUAGCUCGACCGAACGCCUGGCCCGUAUGAACACUCCCUCGCGGACAGGAUCCGGACAGCGGAGGACUCGUGCGACGUCUCCUCUGCCGCCACGAGGCGAACUCACGCACUUUCGCGCCGUUUCCCCUGCGCCGCCGCCUGCCGAUUACCGCCCGCCGUCGCGCGCCAUAUCGCCAGCACCACCUCGCGGAGUAUCCCCGGCUCCUAUGCCCCAAUAUGGCCAGGUUCCUCGUGCCAUUUCUCCCGCCCCGAUGCCACAGUACGACCCGUCAUAUCGCGCAGUGUCUCCGGCCCCUAUGCAGUAUGGUCCACCUCGAGGAGCUUCUCCGGUCCCCCCGUCCCCUAUGCACUAUGGUGUACCACGAGGGGCUUCACCAGCUCCUCCUAUGCAGUAUGGACAAUAUGGCCAGUAUGGCCAGUAUGGAAUGCCUCGGGGUGCAUCCCCAGCCCCGCCGCCUUCUCCCGGGCCGCCUCAACAACGGUAUAUCGCGUAUUCUCCUGCAGCCUCUCCAGUUCCAGGGCACUAUGACGGUUACCGGGAUUCGGCACAAUUUGAACCAUCGUCGCGUGGACCGUCACCAGCACCGUUCGACGAGCCGUUUGAUGAAGGGGGAGCAUCACCACCUCCACCUCCGCCUCCUGCACAUCGCGUCCCAUACAACCGGGGCAGGACGCCGUCCCCAUCUCCUUAUCUUGGUGACCCGUACCGUGAUGGAUACCACACACCCGAACCGCCUUCUCCUGCGCGUAGAGAAGGUCAUAAUCUCACACCUUCACCUUUGACGAACGCAAUGAAUGAUGUAAUGUCCUCACUCCAAGGAAUGGGCGGACCCAGGGAUCGCAGCCCCUCACCGGCGGCAAGAGCGCCUUCACCAGGCGUGUGGGCUCCUGAAGCUUUCACUCAAAUUUACAACAACCCAAGGAAAUCCCGAGCUCAAACGUCAAUAGGCCUUAAUCAUGAGGAAGUAGAGAUGGACCCCGAGAGUGCUCUGCGUGCACUGCGAGAGCGCCGUCAAUCUUACGCGCCUCAGCCGGAUGGGAUGCCGCAGGCAGGUAGUUACGUUUCACGCAUGGAGGAUCGGCUGCGGAGGAUGGCACCUAGUCCGAGGCCGCAAGACGAACUGUUUAUGCCAGCAGAUGAGGAUGGUCCGCCACCAGCGCCACCGCCGAAAAGUACGGAGUGGCGGUCGCGGGCGCAGUCUUCGGUUGGCGCGCGGAGGCCAAUAACCAUGUAUGAAGAUACUAGGAGAUCGCAAAGUCCAGUUCACGCGAAUACCUACGUUUCACGACCCAAGAGCUCUUUUGGCAAUCGCGAACCCGAUGUUGGCAGAAAGCCCACCCUGAGACACCGUAAAUCAGCGUACGAGGUUGCCAGAGAAGGGCUUGGUCGCACUUUCACCACGAAGACGAACAGCACCGAAGCGAGCAGCAGUACUAACCACACCCUCAUGAGCGGCGCUUCUGCGGGAGCCUUCAGCGCAACCAGUGCAGGGAGCUUUGCCAGGCGGAAAUGGGGCAUUGGCGGCAGCGGCUAUCGGGAACGGUCCAAGAGUGUGGUGGAGACAGCGCGCCCGGCAACAAUCAGGACGGAAUCGAAUGAGAGCAGGCCUGAGAGCGAUUUUACCGGUAUCACCUACCAUUCGAGCCAUGCUUCUGGAGCGCAAAAGAACACUUCCAGCACCAACUUGUCCGGAAACACGCUGGACGACGGUGGCCUUCUCGGUGGCCUUUCCUCGCCCAAGCCCAAGAAAAAUGGUUUCUUCAAGAAGAUGAUCGAGUCUGCCAAGACGGGUGCGGCGAGCGCGAGGAACACCAUCUCUUCCAGUCCAAGCAGGCCAGCGUCGAGGGCGAGCAAGAUCCUCCCAGAAGGUGUCAAGGCUAUUUCAGGAGGGCCGGUAGUCAACGAUAUCUCCGCGAGAGAGACUGCGCUCGUCGCUAGCUCUAGCACCUCCUCCGUGGAUUGGGUGCAAGUGCGGCGAGAUGUCAACCGGUCCAACAGCCUCAGCAAGAACGAGCGCAUCGAGCGGGCUGAACGGUGCGAGAUGAUGGACAUUGCGGUGAUCAACCCCAUUGAGGUUCUCCGGGAGUCUGUGGAAGGCGACGAAGGGCUCGAUGGCCUGCCAGUGGAAGACCCUGCCGACUUCACUUCCGGUUCCACCCUAGCGCUAGUCGACAAGAACACGCGCUUCAUCCAAGGCCUGCCUGGUACCGUUAUCCCUUCAAGCUUGGCCCAAGGCUACGUUUGUCGGCCCUACCGGAGCGAUGUCCAGAGACUGCGCGCCAUUUUCACGUGGGUCUCGGAGCGCAUCUGCUGGGAGGAAGACUUUGAAGGGGAAAUUGACACGCGGCGCGCCAUUCAUACCAAACGCGGCACAGCUGAAGAAGUUGCUGUCCUCGUCAUGGAGAUGUGCGCUGCCGUCGGUCUGCACGCCGAUGUUGUGCGUGGCUACCUCAAGGCUCCCGGCGAGAUGCUUUCACUCGAGCAGAUCGCUCACCCGAACCACUACUGGAACGCCGUCAUUGUCGAUGGCGAGUGGCGCAUGAUGGACUGCUCUCUGGCUUCGCCGACGCACCCCCGCCGUUCCCAUUACAGCAAUGCCGGCAGCCAGGUAGCCGAAAGCGGGCUGUUCCUUGUCCGUCCGAUGGAAAUGUGCUAUACCCACAUCGCACUGCUGCCCGAGCAACAACACAUUGUGCCAUCCAUCCCGCAUGAGGUACUCAUAGCCCUGCCCUGUGCUUGUGCACCUUACUUCCGGAACAAGAUUGAGCUUGUCGACUUCGAUACGAGCCUGCUGAACCUGGAGAACCUGGAGAUGGCGCACAUCCACUUCUUCGUGCCAGAGGACGUAGAGGCGGUGGCAGAGGUGGAGGCAAGCAUCUUUGCCCGCGAUGAUGAUGGCGACUUUUUCGAGACGGGCGAUGUGCAGACGAAGAAGGCGCUCUGUCAGCCGGAGUGGCUAAAUGGGCGUAAGAGGUACACGGUGAAGGCGGUGCUGCCGGGCGACGAGGGCGAAGCGGUACUCAAGGUGUAUGCGGGCAGGAAAGGACUGAUGCAUACAAUCAAGUCCAACCCGCACCCGCUCGCUUUCGCCUUGCCGAUCUGUCACUCGGGCCAAAACCCCCCCUACGAUUUUCUGCGCCUGCACCCCACGCCGCACGCACAGCGACACGACCUCUACGUCGCACAGCCGCAAUGCGCGCGCCUGGCCAUCAACAACACGUUCGUCUUCGCGAUCCGGCAGCACCCAUCCUCGCUGUUGCACACACCAGGCCACUCCUACCACGCCGCGAGCACAAGCCUCAGCAGCGCAUACGGCGUCUCCUCCGGGCGCGUAUCCCCUGCACCCUUCGCUCGCCCCGCAAGUGCCAUGUCCAUGAUCUCGGCCUCAGCCUCCGCAACAGGAUCCUCGUAUUCGAACCCAUCAAACUCGUCUGGAUCGUCGGGUGAGAUGCUGGCGAAGGCGGGGGUUGCUGGUGUUGGAAACUUAAGCGUCAAGCCCGCGAAGCUGGCGAUUCAGAGUCCGAGCGGAAAGAUCAUUCGGCUGAUGCGCAAGACGGAGACCACUAGUGCUUGCGCGGAGGAGGGCCGUGAGGGCGGCGAUGGAUCCGUCUGGGAGACGAUCAUCAAGUGCAGUGAGAGGGGCACGUGGCGCGGGUUGGUGCUGGCGGAUCGGAGUGCGAGAUGGUGCGUUUUUGCGGAGUGGGAGUGUGUGUGA